AUGCUGUCAACAGUUGUGCUGCUCACCCUGUGGGCCAGCGCUGCAGCAUCAGCAAUCCCGGUAGAACAGCAGCCCUUGGCCGAUCUGAGCACCGAUUCCAGCACCCUUGUCCUCCCCGAUCAUGCACGCGACCCUCCUGCAGGGGUAGCGGGCUCGGGGCCUCGUGGUCGCUUCUUGCAUAUCACUGAUUUCCACCCCGACCAAUACUACAAGGCGGGCACCCUGCCCGACGAGAAAGGCGGGACAUGCCACCGCGGCAAGGGACCGGCAGGAUACUUCGGCGCGGAAGGUUCAGACUGUGACUCUCCCUUGUCCCUGGUCAACGAAACGUUCCGGUGGAUUGAGGAGAAUUUGAAGGACGAGAUCGACUUUGUCAUCUGGACGGGGGAUUCGGUCCGCCAUGACAACGAUGAAAAACGCCCACGAAAUGCAGACGAGAUCGUCCAACUGAACGAGUUUAUGGCUCAGAAAUGGGUUGAUCUAUUCGGAGUCCGUGAUCGCGCCAAAAGUCCAACCAGCAUCCCUCGACUGUCCGUGCCCGUCAUACCCACCUUUGGCAACAACGACAUCCUACCCCAUAAUAUUUUCCGAGAAGGUCCCAAUACGUGGACGAAGAAGUUCGCCGAAAUCUGGCGCCAUUUUAUUCCGGAAGACCAACGCCACACGUUCGUUGAGGGCGGAUGGUUCACCAUCGAGGUGAUUCCCGGCAAGCUGGCCGUCAUCAGCUUGAACACUAUGUACUUCUUCGAAUCCAACAGCGCAGUGGAUGGCUGCAAUGUGAAGUCGGAACCCGGGUACGAACACAUGGAGUGGCUGCGGGUUCAGCUGCAACUGUUACGGAGCCGUGGCAUGAAGGCCAUAUUGAUGGGCCAUGUGGCCCCUGCUCGGUCGAACGAGAAGAAGAAUUGGGAUGAAAGCUGCUGGCAGAAGUAUACCCUGUGGAUGGAUCGAUACCGUGAUGUCGUCGUGACCGGUCUCUAUGGACACAUGAACAUCGAUCACUUCAUCCUGCAGGACAAUCACAAGGUCGACAUUGAGACCGUGUUGGAGAAGCCUGCGGACGACAUAGUAACAACUUUGUCAAAGGAGGACUAUCUCGUCUCGCUUCGCAAGCAAUGGUCCUCACUACCAUCCCCGCCUGCUGGUAUUUUCGAAAAGCUGCGCAGUACGUCAGAGCCUUUCGAUUUCGAUGCAACCAAGAAGAAGAAAAGCAAGAAGGAGAAGAAGAGGGAGAAAAAGGAGCGGAAGUACCUGAAGAAGAUUGGAGGCCCCUUUGCUGAACGAUACAGCCUUUCAUUGGUCUCGCCGAGCCUGGUACCAAAUUAUUUCCCCACGUUGAGGGUGGUGGAAUACAACAUCACUGGACUGGAGGCCCUUUCAAUUCAGGAUGAAUCCAAUUACGAUCGUGAUGGGGACUCUUCCGAUGUGUCUACUGUGGGAUCAACACUGUUCGACCCUCAGACUCCAUCAGUCGAUAUUGAGAAGAAAAAGAAGGGCAAGGACAAGGACGACGAGCCUCCGAGCUUCAAGAUUCCCGAUCCCCCGUCCUCCACGGCACCUCCGGGCCCUGCAUACUCCAAACAACCAUUUACCCUGCUAUCCUACACCCAGUACUUUGCAAACCUCACUCGACUCAACGAGGAGGCCGCAUCCCAAGGGCACAAGUCUCUUAAAAUCGACUUUGAAGUCGAAUAUUCCACCAAUGAUGAUGGCGUCUGUCAAAUGACGGACUUGACGGUCCGCAGCUUUUUGGAACUUGCCAUUCGAAUCGGUGAGGAUGGAGCAGCUGCCACCGAUACCUCCAUCUCCCCCGACCCGUCGGCCGCCGGAAAGAAGAAGGUGAACGAGGCCUGGCGCACGUUCCUCUCCCGAGCAUUUACGGGGUUUAUUGAUGUGGAUGAUCUGAAUUUGAGAGCAUACAAUAGCGAUUGA